GAGUCUUUUGCGAAGAAGGUGAUCGCGCUGGACGAUUCAUCAGCAACUGUCUCAGCAGAGGUUGUCCUGAAAGAGGGCGAGGAAUACAAGCCCCUCCGCCUUCAUCAAGGUAACUCUCCAGAAGCCACCGAUGAAAUUUUCUUCCUUCAGGACAGAUCUCCGCAGAACGACCUUUCAAAGUCAAAGGAAGACUUGAACGAGCCUCUUUCGCCCAAUUCCCUCGAGAAUUCUAGGGAGCAGCAGAAAAUGACGGCCUGGUUGAAAGAUGAGAUUUCUCACCUUCACAUGAACGAAUCCGCGGAAGCUGGAGACUCAUGGGAGAAGCGCUGUACGCCCCUGGCCCUCGAAAGCUUCAUCAGCGAUGGAGCAUCUGUUCCACGAGGUCCAUCCAGCAUUCCAAGAAGAGAAAUAAGUCUAAGCGGAGUGCUGGGGUCGAACUCAGUGUCAUCUCCAACAGCAGAUGAAAGGAUGCCCCUUGGGGAAGGGAUGGAGAGCGACGGGCGUAGAGAAGCUGAACAAGAGUUGACCGAUGAGGCGCCUGAGGGCUUGACAGCUGCCAAGAGAGACAAGGAGGAUCCGCCAGAGACUUUGGCUGAGCGAAUUUUGACACCUGAGAAAGGAACUCUAGAGGGUAACAACACGCCAGUGAAGUCUGGAACGAAGAAAACCAAGACACACAAGCAAGUGCGGGUGACGCGGAAAGUGAUCGGGUCGAUGAACGAGGGCAAGGGAGCUGCAGGCAUUGGGAUCGCGAUAGGAAUGACGUCCAAGGGCGACAUCUUCCUGACUGGCAUGGCUCCCAAGGGACCUGCUGAGCAAUCUAACGAACUGAUCAAGGGAGAUCAGCUGGUAAGGGGUUCUGAUGCGCCGGACACGCAAUGA